AUGCCUGGAGUUCGAGACGUUAGCGCCGAAGCGUUCAUCAAAGCCUACUCUUCUCACUUGAAGAGAUCUGGAAAGCUCGACAUCCCUACAUGGGUCGACACUGUCAAGACAGGAUGCCAGAAGGAGCUCGCGCCAUAUGACCCGGAUUGGUACUAUGUUCGAGCUGCUGCCGUCGCCCGUCACAUCUACCUCCGCAAAUCCGUUGGAGUCGGUGCCCUCGCCAAACUUCACGGAACCAAGAAACGACGUGGAACCCGACCUAACAGACACCAAGACUCUUCUACCGGUGUUCAGAGGAGUGUCGUCCAAGGUUUGGAGAAGAUCGGAGUGCUCGAGUUGGCUCAGGACGGUGGAAGGAGAAUCUCUCAGGAUGGAAUGCGUGAUCUCGACCGAAUUGCCACUGCUGUUCUUGAGCAAGAGCGUGCUGAGGAGGACGAGGAAGAGGAGGACGAGGAUGAGGAUGAGGAUGAGGACGAGGCUGAGGAAGAGGCCGACGACGAGUAG